GCUCUUUAACUCAACCUAUAUCCGACCAAUUCAUAAACUCAAGCUAGCCGCAAUGUUGUGGUAUUAUUUCAUUUUCUUAGCUCUUUCCAUUCUCUCAUUUCUCAUCAAGAGAAUAAUAACUCCUAAAAAUCCCAACACUACUACUCACACCCCUCCUUCACACCCCCUCAUAGGUUGCCUUAUUUCUUUCUACAAUAACCGCCACCGUCUUCUAGAUUGGUACACUCUCCACCUCUCCCAAUCUCCCACUCAAACCAUCCUCCUCCACCGCCUCGGCGCCCGCCGCACCAUCGUAACCGCCAACCCUCUCAACGUUGAAUACAUUCUCAAAACAAAUUUCAUCAACUUCCCUAAAGGAAAACCAUUCACCGAAAUCCUCGGUGAUCUUCUUGGUUGCGGCAUUUUCAACGUUGACGGCGAGUUAUGGUCAACGCAGCGUAAAUUAGCAAGCCAUGAAUUUAGCACAAGGUCUUUAAAAGAAUUCAUUGUGAAGAAUCUUGAAGAUGAAGUUAAACAAAGACUUAUUCCAUUGCUUGAAGAGGCUUGUAAUAGUAACAACGUUAUUGACAUGCAAGAUGUUUUAAGGAGACUCACGUUUGAUAUUGUUUGUAAAGUUUCACUUGGUUAUGAUCCAUGUUGUUUGGAUUUGUCUAAACCUUUGCCACCUCUUUUGUCGGCUUUUGAUCGUGCUUCUGAAAUAAGUGCAAUGCGUGCAACUUCACCAGUUUUUUUUAUUUGGAAAGUUAAGAGGUUGCUUAAUAUAGGGUCUGAGAAAUCACUUAAAGAAGCUGUUAAACUCGUUCACCAAUCGGUGAUAAAGAUAAUAAAAAACAAGAAGAAAGAACUUAGUGAAAAAAAUGAUGGUAAUAUUGUUAGUGGGAGUGAUUUGUUGACAAAGUUGUUGGAGGCUGGGCAUGAUGAAAUCAUGGUGAGAGAUAUGGUUAUUAGUAUGAUAAUGGCGGGGAGGGACACGACAUCAGCAGCGAUGACGUGGCUCUUCUCGCUAUUAUCUAAACAUCCAAACAAAGAAGCAUUAAUAGUGAAAGGAGUGAGGAAAAUAUUUGGAGGUAAAAAUAAUAACGAUAAAUUUGAAUUGGCGAGGUCUUUUGAUUACGAGGGUUUGAAAGAGAUGAAGUAUUUGAAAGCUUGUUUGUGCGAGUCAAUGAGAUUGUAUCCGCCGGUGGCAUGGGAUUCGAAGCAUGCCGCGAGAGAUGAUGUGUUGCCGGACGGAACAAGAGUUGGAAAAGGUGAUAAGGUGACUUAUUUUCCUUAUGGGAUGGGGAGGAUGGAGGAGUUAUGGGGAAAAGAUUGGCGUGAGUUUAAACCUGAUCGAUGGUUUGAACGGAGAGAAGGAGAUGAUAAUGAGGUUUUGAAAUAUGUGAAUCCGUACAAGUUUUCGGUUUUUCAGGCCGGUCCGAGAGUUUGUCUUGGGAAAGAGAUGGCUUUUAUUGAAAUGGAGUAUGUUGUGUCUACGAUUUUGAAUGGGUUUGAAAUUAGGCCUGUGUCGGUUGACCAGCCGGUUUAUGUUCCUCUCUUGACUGCUCAUAUGGCUGGUGGCUUCAAAGUGAGGGUCCACAAGAGAGUUCAAAAUGGAAAAUAAAAAAUAAGUGGGAGUAUCAAUCACAUGCUCUAAGUGGCUCUACUUUUUUCAAUAUUUUAUAUAUUUUUAUAUCUCCUUUUAUGUUUAUUUAUAGUAAUUUUGCUUGUACUUUUUUUUAAUGCUUAGUCUCUUUAUAAAUUAUUAGUAGGGUGUUCGGGAUUAAAUCGGGGUCUCAGCAUGCACAACGUUUACAAUACUUUGGGAAGAUUUAUUGUUUACGUAUAUCAAUUAUUAUUAUUAUUUUGAAAUGACUGUUGUUAGUAUUGUAUUGGAGUAAAGUUUUGUUAGUAUUAUUGGGAGUAAAA